AUGUAUCGUUUUUUGAUUCUUGUCUCUCUCGUUGGUAUUGCUAUUGCAACUGCACCUAAACCAUGCUGUACACCAAAGCAAUGGGAAGGUGUUGUUGAAGCAGCCGGCAUGAAGGUAGUUGGAAGCGGAAAAACUGCUAUGAACUCGACCUUUCGCGUUUUGAUACAUGCUUCAUAUGAUUACCAAAAUAGCAAGAUUAGAAUUGAUGAGGACGUAUAUCCAACUGGUGGUAAGAAAGUCCGUGUUACAAUCAUCGGCGACUUUAAGAAAGCAAAGAAGGUCUAUACUGUUUACAACGGCAAGUGCACCUCAGUUUCCACCAAAUCACCAAUGCCCGAGGCCUGUGUUCCUAAGAACGCUAGUUUCUAUAUGGGAGGUACGGUUGGAGCUACAUUAAAGUAUAAUACCUUCGCUUAUUCCAAAAAAGAUGGAUCUUUGGGAGCGAUAAUUGAUGUAUCUGCAACGGGUUGCAUUCCAAUUGCCGAAUUAGCUUUCCAGAAAGCAAAGAUACAGAGUAAAGCUAAUACCGAAUAUAUUGCAGCUUGGUUCAAGAACAUUACUGCAGGAAUCAAAGACUCCUCAGUUUUCGACAAGCCGAAAGAAUGCAAGUCUAGUAAAGAUUUGGAAAAUGUCGUUGUUGACUUUGAUUACUUGAAGUACUUCCAGUCUCGUCUCUUUACGGUAUCUAGAGAAAAUAAGAUGUACUUACAGGAAUCCAUUGAAGAUCUCUUCCGAAAAGACUCCGUUAGACGCUUGCAUGAAACAUUCCUAUUUUAGGCUGUCAUAAACAAUACUUGUACUAACAGCAAAGUAGAUCAGCUCGGAUGAUGAAUCAUAUCUACAUAUACUAUACAAGGCUACUCGAUUCGGUGUGUAAUACCUAUAUCUCCAAAAUAGCUUACCUGUACAACCUAGACGUCCAGAAUAAUCUAAUUGUAAUGUAGUGUAGCAUUUGUAGGCCGUUGUGAUAUGAGUAAUAAGAUGCUAUCAUCAUCAUAUGUUCAACAUUGCUGUAUAAAUGUCAGCUACGAGAUAUAUCAGCGCUGAAGUAUUUUUAACAUGUGUGUCUAUGAGUCCCUAUUAUAAUUAUUAGACUGUAGAUAAUUUUAAAUAUAAGAGAUAUGGG